ACUGCCAAGUAGAAUCAUUAUUAUUAAUUAAUUAAUUAUUAUUAAUGCAUGCAUUGCCUAUAUUGGAUACCAUCAUUCUUUGAAUUAAAAACUCAGCUACUGUACUAUAGCUACAAAAAAUGGUGCAUGUUUCUGCAAAAGUGCUUGUUCUACUGGCUCUAGUUGCAAAGUCUCUCUGUUUUCCAGGUGGAGCUCCAUCUUCUGCAUGCAGCAAUCUAACACCCAACCAUGGAACAGCUUCCCAAGAUCAGGCAACCAACCCUUAUGUGCUCAACUUGACAGAUUUUCCUCGGGAUUCUGCUGGGAAUUACUUUUAUGUUCCUGGAGUUACUUACACAGUGUUUCUUCAAGGAAAUGAACUAGAUCUAACUUUUAGAGGAUUUCUGAUCCAAGCCAGAGAUAUAGACAAUCCUACAUUUGCUGUUGGUUCUUUCGCUAGUCCAUCAGCAGGUGCUGACUACAGUCUUCAUAACUGUGCCUCAACUGAGAUCCCCGCAGACAGUGGCGUGACACAUACUGACCGAAAUGAUAAGACACAAGUUGAUUUCACUUGGACAGCGCCUUCCAGUGGUACAGGAAACAUUGUCUUUGCGUACACUGUGGUUCAGAUUAUGCCAACUUUCUGGGCAGAUCAGAGGACAGUUGCAAUAGUAGAAGAGGAUUUUUGCUCUGUUAGUCCUUGUCAGAAUGGAGGGACCUGCACUUCUUUGUUGGCCACCUUUCAAUGUGAUUGUAUAAAUGAAUUUACUGGUACCCAGUGUGAGACUGUUGUCGAUAUAUGUUCUUCUACUAUUUGUUUGAACAAUGGUACUUGUAUCGAAGGAAUCGGCACCGCGUUCACUUGUAAUUGUGUGCGUGGAUUCAGUGGUAUGCUCUGUGAGGAAGAUAUAGAUUAUUGUGAAAUCUUUGAUUGUUUCAAUAGUGGAAAUUGCACGGAUGGAGGAAUAGAUGUAGACUUCACUUGUACUUGUGCUCCUGGAUUCUCUGGUAGUCAAUGUCAGAUUGAGCUUGCUUGCGAACCGAACCCUUGCCUUAACGGUGGUAACUGUACAGAUGAAUUGGGAGAGGAUGCCAAUACAUUCUCAUGUGACUGUCCUCUUGGUUAUAGCGGUGAUACUUGUGAAAUUGAUGAUGUCUUUUGCUCACCAGAUUCGUGCACUAAUGGUGGUAUUUGUGCCGAAGGUGUGGGACCAGAAAUCUCCUGUAUGUGCCUAUCGGGUUUUACUGGACUCCUAUGUGAAACCGAUCUGGAUUUCUGCACUACAGAUACGUGUAUGAAUAAUGGUACGUGUAUCGAAGGAAUCGGCACUGCGAUCACUUGUAAUUGUGUGCGUGGAUUCAGUGGUAUGCUCUGUGAGGAAGAUAUAGAUUAUUGCGAAAUCUUUGAUUGUUUCAAUAGUGGAAAUUGCACGGAUGGAGGAAUAGAUGUAGACUUCACUUGUACUUGUGCUCCUGGAUUCUCUGGUAGUCAAUGUCAGAUUGAGCUUGCUUGCGACCCGAACCCUUGCCUUAACGGUGGUAACUGUACAGAUGAAUUGGGAGAGGAUGCCAGUACAUUCUCAUGUGACUGUCCUCUUGGUUAUAGCGGUGAUACUUGUGAAAUUGAUGAUGUCCUUUGCUCACCAGAUUCGUGCGCUAAUGGUGGUACUUGUGCCGAAGGUGUGGGACCAGAAAUCUCUUGUACAUGCCUAUCGGGUUUUACUGGACUCUUAUGUGAAACAGAUCUGGAUUUCUGUACUCCAGAUACGUGCAUAAAUAGUGGUACUUGUAUUGAAGGAAUCGGCACUGUCAUCACUUGUCAAUGCACUAAUGGUUUUUCUGGUUCACAGUGUGAGACUGAUUUGGAUUUCUGCACCAAAGACAGCUGUUUCAAUAACGGUACUUGUAUUGAAGCCGUAGGAACAGAUACUACAUGCAUGUGUCUGGUCGGAUUCACUGGAAACCGAUGUCAAAUUGAACUUGUUUGCGACCCAAGUCCCUGCCUGAAUGGUGGCACUUGUGCCGAAGGUGUGGGAAUAGAAAUCUCCUGUACGUGCCUAUCGGGUUUUACUGGACUCCUAUGCGAAACAGAUCUGGAUUUCUGCACUACAGAUACGUGUAUGAAUAAUGGUACUUGUAUCGAAGGAAUCGGCUCUACCAUUACUUGUAAUUGUGUGCUUGGAUUCAGUGGUAUGCUCUGUGAGGAAGAUAUAGAUUAUUGUGAAAUGUUUGAUUGUUUUAAUGGUGGAAAUUGCACGGAUGGAGGAAUAGAUGUAGACUUCACUUGCACUUGUGCUCCUGGAUUCUUUGGUAGUCGAUGUCAGAUUGAGCUUGCUUGCGACCCGAACCCUUGCCUUAACGGUGGUAACUGUACAGAUGAAUUGGGAGAGAAUGCCAAUACAUUCUCAUGUGACUGUCCUCUUGGUUAUAGCGGUGAUACUUGUAAAAUUGAUGAUGAUUUUUGCUCAGUGAGUUCGUGCGCUAAUGGUGGCCUUUGUGUUGAAGGUGUGGGACCAGAAAUCUCCUGUAUGUGCCUACCGGGUUUUACUGGACUCGAAUGUGAAACGGAUCUGGAUUUCUGUACUACAGAUAUGUGUUUGAAUAAUGGUACUUGUAAUGAAGGAAUCGGCAAUCUCACAUCUUGUCAGUGCAUGGACGGUUUUUCUGGAUCUCGCUGUGAGGUGGACCUGGCUCAUUGUACAACAGAUACUUGCUUUAAUGGUGGCACUUGUGUUGAGGGUAUUGGUGUCUCUGUAUCAUGUACGUGCACCAGAGGUUACACUGGUACUCGGUGUGAGGACGAUGACAGCUCUGAACUAUUCUGCUUAUCGAACUCGUGUCAAAACAAUGGAACUUGUAGAGAGGAAUUUGGCAGAACUAUCUCGUGUAGUUGUGUUGCAGGAUUUACUGGUGAUACAUGUGAUAUCGAUAUCGAUUACUGCACGCCCAUCAAUUGUUUGAAUGGUGGGACGUGCCUUGAAGACAUUGGAGCAUCCUUUACUUGUAGGUGCCUUGAAAGAUUUUCAGGAGACCUCUGUGAAAUGUCAAGUGCUACUACCUCUGCUAUAGUCACCCAAUGCGUCAAUGUACCUAGCGAAUCGUCAGCUACUGAAGUAAAUACAGUAGCGAUUGCUGUCAGUGUGAUUGUGACCUUCUUCCUGUCUAUUCUCAUUGGUGCUGCACUGGGAGGAGUCUUGACUUGGUGUGUGAUGAGCAGGACGUCCUCUCAGUCGUACGAAUUCAAAACUAACCCAGGGACAGUGUUAACGAACAGCAUUGAGUUACAAAUUACUAGCCAAGCCAAUCCAAAAAAGGAUGGAGACUAACAGCCUCACAUUUGAACCGGCAUUUUCCCCCCUGCAAAUGUUUUAUAGCUAGCUUGCACAUAAAAACUAUUUUUAAUUGCUGGACAUUAUAAUUAUGUGCCCUUUCAACUAUUUUUAUGUUGACUUAAUAAUAA